GGUCGGUCCUACCUGCAUUGGACGUAUCUACAAGUACACAGGAGGAUGAAACACGCCAACGACUUCUUGUAUAAAUGUAACCACUGCGAUCUGACCUUUCCUAACAGUUGGAGUCUGGCGUACCACAGGAAGAAAAUUCACGGUCAAACGGGACAAGGUGAUGCCAAUUCUACCACCAAAAUCCCAAGAGAAGAUUACAGGAUACCUUGUCGUGAUUGCGAUGAGGUGCUGCCAAACAAAACUGCACUUUAUAAACACAGGAAGAAGGAACACAGUGACAUGACGUCGUCACUGGCUGCCAACAAUGAACCAACCACUGUAUGGUGUGGCGCGUGCGGUGCACAGUUCAAUUCGCGCGUAGCUUUGGAUGCGCAUACACGUUCCCACACCAGUACAGCCGUAACGGCUUCAGUGGCUUCUUGUGCCAAGUGUGGAGACAGUUUCGCGCAUAUCUCUGAUCUGCACAAACAUGUUGAUAGCGCACAGUGCCGGCGGCGCGCGCACGCGUGCCCGGUGUGCGCCCGAUCGUUCCGCAGCGCGUCGGUGCGCGACGAGCAUCUGCGAACGCACACGGGCGAGCGGCCUUUCCCUUGCGAUGUUUGCGGGCUGGCUUUUAGGCGAUUAACAGCGAUGCGUAACCACCGUCUCAUCCACACGGGUGUACGAGCAUGGGCUUGUGAAAGAUGUCCCAAGAGGUUCCGUAUACGGUCCGAUUUACGCACGCAUGCACGGCUGAAGCAUCCUGCUCACUUGGCUGUUAUUGAAAUUCGUGGUCUCAACCCGACUUCGGACGAAGUGAUGGAGUAUCUAAACGCGAACAAUAUCUCGCAUACAAAAGUCAUUGAGAUCACUAAAAUGUCUUUCGCAAAGGGCACGUCAAGCAUAAUCCCAAACUGCGCGCGAGCGUUGUCUAUGCUAGGAAGCGUUCCGCGUACACAGGUCACUUACAGCAAACCUGUCAUUGAUGAUUCAGAUUUCCAACCCCCCCGCCGCGGUCGCGGUAUAGCCAAGCACCCCCGCCGGCCGAAGAUCCUGCAGAGGGGGGCUGACGAUGCACCCCCGCCCCCUCAGGAAAUGUUCCCGGUCACGUUGAACGUUACUGGUGGGGAACUGACGGAUAUGGACGUCCAACUCCUCCUACGCGAUGGGGUUCUGGUCAAUGGGAACCAGAUGGUGCAGUUGCAACUCGACGAUAACAUGCUACUGGAGUAAAGGAAAAUUAUUUACACCAUUCGUCAGUAAUUCCAAAGCAAACUUUCUAAAACAAC